AUGUUCGGCCCCAACGUCUUUGCUGCUUGCUUGGCAUUGGCCUCGUCCAUCUCUUUUGGCCAUACUGCACCUGCAGUAGGAGCAGCUGUUGAAGCGCGUGCUGUUGCAGACCACGUAGUCACCAAACAGACAAUCUUCUAUCCGCCAACGAGCUACAAAACUCCAAGAACCCUCUAUGGUCGUACAGCUCAAUUAGCAGAUGGAACUCUCCUAGCAACAUGGGAAAACUACUCCCCUGAACCACCAAUGGUCUAUUUCCCCAUUUACAAAAGCUCCGAUAAGGGCCAGACCUGGACUUCUUUUUCCACUGUCACGGAUCAAGUAAAUGGUUGGGGAUUGCGCUGGGAGCCGUUCCUCUAUGUCCUUCCACAGGCAAUUGGCAGUCUUCCCAAAGGAACAAUUCUCUGUGCCGGCCUUUCUGUUCCUGAUGAUCUCAGCCACACCAAGAUCGAUCUCUACGCAUCUAAGGAUAAUGGGGCAACCUGGUCAUUCGUCUCCAGCAUCGCAGAAGGCGGAGUGGCCAUUUCCACCAACGGCUACACCCCAGUCUGGGAGCCAUUCCUUAUGGUCUAUAAAAACCAACUCGUCGCAUACUACUCCGACCAGCGCGACCCUGCACACGGUCAAAAGCUCGUCCAUCAAGUAUCCUCCGACGCUGUGAAUUGGGGAGCCGUAAUCAACGACGUCGCAUACCCCACCUAUAGUCAACGCCCCGGUAUGACGACCAUCGCACCUCUCCCGAAUGGUCAAUGGAUUAUGACCUAUGAAUAUGGUGGUGGCCCAAACCCUAAGAAUGCCGGCUACCCUGUCUACUACCGCAUCAGCUCUAGUCCCCUCACAUUCAACUCGGCACCAGGACAAAUCCUCAAUGCUGGCGGAACCGUCCCGACUUCCUCCCCUUACGUCGUCUGGAGUCCUUCAGGCGGUGUAAAUGGAACUAUCGCCGUGAGCGCAAACAGUAGCCCUGAGAUCUUUGUGAACACAAAACUAGGCGAUCCAAAUUCUUGGGUCAUGUACAACACGCCUCAAUGGGGUUCUUAUUCGAGAGAGCUGAGAGUCAUGGAUAAUCCGGAUUACUUGCUUAUUCGUUAUGAAGUUGCCGAACUUGUAGGCGUUUAUGUGGAAGCGUGCGUGUGA